CUCCCGGGCCAGGCCGCGGCUCCCUCCCUCCCGGCUGCGCUCGCUCUGCUCCGCCCGGCAGCGGGGCCGGCCCGUGGCGAGGCGGCGCCGGGACCCUGCCCAGCCCGGAGCGGGAGCGGAGCUCGGCCGGGCCGGGCCCGCUGGAGAAGCCCCGCCCGCCUCCCCGGGGGGCCAUGGCCGAGCGGGCCGCUGCCCAGGCUCCAGAGUGGGCCCCGGAGUCAAAGCGCCCGAUGCCGUUCCAAUCCCGCCCUGACCCCAGACAGACGUCUGCGAGAGAGAGCCGGCUGCAACCGGCAGAGCUUUCCAUGUGGCCCGCAGUAGCUGCAAUCCAAGCUGUGGACAGGACGGUGGAGUCCCAUGCCACGCGGUUGCUGACUCUGGAGAGCAGAGUGGGAACCGCGGAGAAGAAAUUAGUCGAUUGUGAGAAAACAGUGAUGCAAUUUGAAAGCCAGCUGGAGAGUAAGUGGGCGGCGCUGGGAACUCUGAUCCAGGGGUACGGACAGCUGCAGAGGAGGCUGGAGAACAUGGAGAACCUGUUGAAGAACAGGAACUUCUGGAUCCUGAGACUCCCCCCAGGCAGUAGGGGGGAGGUCCCCAAGGUGCCGGUGACAUUCGACGACGACUCUGUCUAUUUCAACGAGCAGGAGUGGGGGAGCUUAGAGGAAUGGCAGAAGGAGCUUUACAAGAACAUGAUGAAGGGGAAUUAUGAGGCCCUGAUCUCCCUGGAUUACGCCAUUUCCAAACCUGACCUUCUGUCCCGCAUUGAACGAGGGGAGGAGCCGUGUGUGGGGGAUCAGGGUCGUUCAGAGGAGAGCGAGAUCCCUGCAGACCCCGGCCCAGAAUCCCCCGUCUCUGCACCAGACAUUUCAUUGUGGAUUAACCAGGAGGAGGAUCCGGGCUGCGGGGGCCGAGGGGACUCUGGGGAAAACGAAAUCAGUGGAAGCCCCUGCUCUGAGUUUCAGGUUGUCCUUCCCGAUGCCGCGUCCUGGAUUAAACGAGAGGAAGAGCCGUGUGCGCAGGAUCGGCCGGUCUGUGGAGAAGGCAGAACCCCUGCAGGCCCCAGCCCUGAAUCUCCUGCGCCUGCCCGUUCCCCCUGGGUUAAACCGGAGCCGGAGCCAGAGCCGGGUGCUGGGACUCUGCCGGCGUUGGAGCAAAGGGGGCUCCCUGGAGAGCCCAGCGCAGGUGAUGAGAUCCUGCUCCAACGUGCAGAGGAGCAUCGUGAGGAGGGUGAGGGCCCAGGCCCCCCCGGGGCGGUUUGUGCAACGUCCAAAGGGACCGUGGUCCAGAGCCUCCGUGAGGGCCCUGCGGCUCGGCAGAGAAGCGGCCUGGGGAGGUCGGCUCAGGGCAAGAGGGGCACGGGGGAGCUCACAGCAGCCGGGGGCCAGCAGAGAGCCGUGGGGGGUGAGCGGCCCGGCCCGUGUCCCGAGCGUGGGACGUGCUUGGGGCAGAAGCAGUCGCUGCUCAGCCCCCAGAAGAGCCUGUUGGCGGAGAAGCCGGCCAAGUGCAGGGAGUGCGGCAAGCACCUCGGCCGGAUUCAGUGCUGCCUCCAGCACCAGCACAUGCCCCCGGGCAAGCUGCCCUUCACCUGCGCCGAGUGCCGGCAGCGCUUCCGCAAGAAGCGGCCCCCACUCUUCCCCCACGAGCCGUACGUGGCCGAGCCGCCCUUCUCCUGCCCCGCCUGCGGCAAGGCCUUCAGCCAGCGGGACACGCUCCUGGCUCACCAGAAGACCCACCUCUGAGAGCACAAGUCCGUGUGCGCUGCCUUAGUCAGGGCUUUGUCCCCGAGGAGUAAACGCAGCACCAGUGGGAGCACGCCAUGGGGGGCUGCCCCACAGGGCAGGAGGAGCUUCGCCCACCUGUGCCACCUGGCCAUGCACCACUGGGUCCCUCCAAGGGCUUUGCCCACCAGGACAGCCCGGCAGAGCACCAGAGGACUCGUCUCCUGCACGAGGCUGCCGAGGGCACCGCAGGGAGCCAGGCUGCACCGGCCCCAGCGCUGGGCUUGGCGAGCCAACCCCCUACUGUGCCCACGUGACACGUUAUAUCCCACCCGUGUGCCAGCCGGGCCUGGGCCAGGCGAGGCAGAGACCCUCCAGGAAGAGAGUCCCUGGGGAGGGGUUUGCUGCCCACCCGAGCCCUGCAGAGAAACCAUCUGUGCAGAGUGCGGGGACAGGGCUUCCCCGAGCUCUGGGGGGGACGUGUCGGGUCGGAGCACUGCCGGGGCCAGCACCCGCUGGGAGGAGCAGCCACCGCUCCUGAGCACGGGGAAGGUUAAACCGACACACAAAAUCCAGGCAGGAGGCGUCGCUCGCUGUGGGAACAGCCUCGGUCGCACCCCAUGAGCCAGCUGGGCCGGUGCAUUUGGGUCCCUUUGCGCCCCCCUGUGUUCGGGCGGCAUGAAGGGGGCAGAAAGCAGCCAGGUUGGGCCAGCUGAGAAUCCCUGGGCACGGAGGAGCUCUCGCCUUGUGCACCUGGCUCCUGUGCCACCUUGGCCACCCAAACCUGUACAGGGGCCUCGGCCAAAGUGGCCAGUGCUCCAGCUCUCCCCACUCUGCCCUGAGUGCCGUGAGCUCUCCACACCUCUGCCCGUCCCCGGGGCUGGGGAUUUGGGGCGUGUGGAUGCCAGGCCCAGCAUGUAUGGUGACCACACCAGCGCCCCCAACAGGCCCUUCCGUUCUGGGGUGGCUCCAGUGGGGAUCUGGGUCGCACGCUCUGCCUGUUGGUAACUGGACGGUCUGACCAACGGGCUCCAACAACGUCUGAUAACGUCACUUGGCCAGGUCCCUUGUGACCAGUCCACCCCGUUCCCAGCUAAUUGGCUGCUCCGAUGUCAUUGAGACACGAGAUCACAGGCAGUGGAGAGCAACCACGUGUGUGCACCGAGUGUGGGAAAAGCUCCCGGUACGAGCAUCUCCCCAUUGCCUGCUGAGAGUCCCAGCGGGACGGGCCCUGGGUCUGCAGCAGGGAAUCAAACCUGGGCCCCUCUGUCCUGAAGCAGAACAGGUCGCUCAGCCGUUCUGGUUUGACGGUAGAAAUAUCGAAGCUGUUACCGACUUGGAAACAGCCCAGGAAUUUAACUUUUGGUGCUGGAAGGACUCAGAGGGCGUAGUUCUGUGCUGCCCUGCACCCUGUGCAGUCUUUUCCCCCGUGCAAAGUGGGUGCAGAACGCUGCCAGAUCAGCUUGCUGCAGCCUCUCCCCUGGGCCAGCGUCACUGAGCAGAGGGUGCAAGGCAGGGGGGACACAGGCCCUGAGCUGCACUCAUGGACGGUUCUCCAGCGAGGACAGCUAGGUUGGGAUUUUCAGAACAGCCUUUGGGAAUUAGGUGCCUAAAUUUCAUUCAGAGUCAAUGGGAGCUGGACACCAGGCUCCCUUUGUGCCUUCAGAAAAUCCUAGCCAGGGGCUUGGAGCUUAACUCGUCUCUAGAACGUUAGGUUUGGAUUGAGAUAAAUCCUUGAUGCUGCUGGUUCUAGUCCACGUUCCUGCCUGCUCAAGGGAAGUGGAAACAUACACAGCGAAAUGUCAAAAUAAGCUGGGGGGUAAAUUACUUUCAAAAUGCUGCGUUUGGCUGCCUGUCUUCUCUGACUUCCCCAGCUCAGUCUGUUACCAGCCCUGUGUGGGCUUCUCCUUUUCUGCCUUGGCUCACAUGUCACGGUAUUUAUUGUGCAUCACAGAUCUGGGCUGCUGAGGUUUUUCUUUAGUUCCAAUUGAGAGGCGAACUGACACUCUGACACUCCAAAUACACUGGGGUUUCCUUUUCAGGAGGGGCCAGGGGAAGAGAAUCCCCUUCCCAUGAUUUCCAGAGUCAAAGGGCUGCUGUAAACCUGUCUGCUCCAGAAACAUGUAAAGAGCAGCUUGGUAGAAAUGGGGUUUUUCUAAAGUCUGUAAAUAAAAUUGUACAAGUGAA